GCGGGGUCUCUGCCGGCCCCCGGCUUCCGCCGCCGUCGGUGACAUGUUGCAAAAAUCGCGGAGUCGGGGCCGCCCUAGCGCCCUGGCCGAGAGGGAGAAGGACUGGAGCCGCGGCGGAGACGGCCGGGCCCCGAGAGGCGGUGUCGCCGAGGAGGCACCGAGCACCUCCCGGGGAGCCGGCGGCUCACAGGAGGCCCGGAGCUCCUCGUCGCAAGGAGCCCGCCGCGCCGAGGCCGCCCCCGCCGUGGGGCCCCGCACCCAGAAGCAGCUGGAACUGAAGGUGGCCGAGCUGGUCCAGUUCUUGCUCAUUAAGGACCAGAAGAAGAUCCCCAUCAAGCGGACGGACAUCCUGAAGCACGUCGUCGGCGAGUACAAGGACAUCUUCGCCGACCUGCUCAAGCUGGCGGCCGAGCGCCUCGAGUACGUGUUCGGGUACAAGCUGGUGGAACUGGAACCCAAGAGCAACAGCUACAUCCUGAUCAACACCCUGGACCCGGUGGAGGAGGACGCGGAGGUGAGGGGCGACCAGGGCACGCCCACCACCGGGCUCCUGAUGAUCGUUUUGGGGCUCAUCUUCAUGAAGGGCAACACCAUCAAAGAGACCGAAGUCUGGGACUUCCUGCGUCGCUUGGGAGUGUACCCCACGAAGAAGCACUUGAUUUUCGGGGACCCAAAGAAACUCAUUACGGAGGAUUUCGUGCGGCAGCGUUACCUGGAGUACAGGCGGAUACCCCACACCGACCCCGUGGACUACGAAUUCCAGUGGGGCCCGCGAACCAACCUGGAAACCAGCAAGAUGAAAGUUCUUAAGUUUGUGGCCAAAGUGCAUAACCAAGACCCCAAGGACUGGCCAGCACAGUACUGUGAGGCUUUGGCAGAGGAGGAAGCUAGGGCCAGACCCGAGGCCAGUGGCCCAGCGCCCUCCUCGUGAGGGCUGAGCUGGACAGGACCGACCCUGGGGAGGGGCCAGGCGCGGUGCUAGAAGGUGGAGAGUCGGUGCUAGGAGGUGGCGAGUCAGGAGCAUAUUUCUGCAAUGCUCACCUGUUCAGCUUUCGGAUGUGUUUGCAAAGUUUUGUGUUUUUAAAGACUCUUAAGUUAUUUGGUUCCAAAGUUUCCCUUGCAAAAAUACGGAAAAAGGGUUUAUUUGGUUUGUUUUACUGUCUAUUUUUGGGUGUGAAAUCUUGCUAACUUUGUAAAGCUGAUAGGAAAACUUUGUAACAUGAUCUGGAACAGAUAUUUUAGGAAAAAAACACAUCGGUAAAUUCUUUGGUGCCAAGAAAGUAAAAGGGAAGUGGCUUUUAUCUGACCUCUUAACCAUCUCAGUUUGUAAAAAAAAUAAAAGCCUUUAUAAGUU